ACUACAGUCUAGAGGUGGUAGCCUAGCCCACCCAAAUCACACUGUCACCACCAAAGUGACUCCCUCGCCUUCUUCACUCAACCAUAUAGCGCUGAGUCUGACGACGCUCUCUCUAACCAUUUACCGCAGAAGAAGAAACACCCCGUGCCCGAGAAAAAACGUCGCUCCCCCUUGCCGGCCGCCUACCCAGAAAUGCCGACGCCGCCCUAACUGGCCGCCGCUCCGGCGAGGUAAAAUCUUCUUCUUCUUCUCCAUCUCGAUUUUCACUCCUAUUCUUUGUUAUUUCCAAGAAUUGUAUGUACGAUUGGCUCAGCUUUCUUUCUAAUUUCUCUUUUUUACCGUUCGGUGCCCUCACUUUUCUAUUGUGGCAGAGAUUCCCCUGAUCGGAAUAUAUUUGAGCAGUGGUGGUGGUGGCGGAGACUGUCUCGUCACUCGACCCCUAUCUCUCUGACACUCUCUGAUUCACCAUUAACUCCCUCCCUCUCUCUCUCUCUCUCGUCUACACUCUUCUUAAUUAGAAACCCUCAAUUCCCACACUCCAAUCCUCUGCUCCCCCGGGAAUCGGAAAAUGCUGACGUGUAUCGCUCGUCCCAAGCAAGCCGGGGAUGAGCCGGACGGCUCAUCCACCGCCGCCGGCAACAAAACCAACGGCAGCGGUUCCAACGCCAAAAACAAUCAAGCAAUCAAAUCCCUCACAUCUCAGCUCCGGGACAUGGCGUUGAAGGCCUCGGGAGCAUACAAGCACUGCGCGCCGUGCACGACGGGGCCGACGACGACCGGCAAUCACCAGAGCCGGUUCAAGACGACGACGACGGCGGACUGGGAGGCGGCGGAUUCGGAGCGGUUCCGGUGGUCGCUGAAGCGGACGGGGAGCUCGAGCUCGACGACGCCGCGGACGUGGGGGAAAGAGAUGGAAGCGCGGCUGAAGGUGAUAUCGAGCUCGAGCGGGGAAGCGACGCCGACGACGUCGGUGAACGGGAGCGGGCGGCGCGUGGAGCCGCCGAUCGUGUUCGUGGAAGAGAGCGAGCCGAAAGAAUGGGUGGCCCAGGUGGAGCCCGGCGUCCUGAUUACCUUCGUCUCGCUUCCCAGGGGAGGCAACGAUCUCAAGCGGAUACGUUUCAGAUUAUGGUUGUGUGAUGUUGAUAUGUACAUGAUAGUUACGAUUCGAGACACGUUCAACAAGUGGCAAGCUCAGAGAUGGUGGGCGGAAAACUUUGACAAGGUCAUGGAACUUUACAAUGUCCAAAGGCUUAGCCGUCAAGCGUUCCCUCUUCCAACACCCCCAAGAUCCGAGGACGAGCAGAGCUCAAAGAUGGAAUCAGCUGAAGAUAGCCCAGUCACACCACCACUAAGCAAAGAGCGGCUGCCGCGUAACUUAUACCGCCCAACAGGAAUGGGAGUAGUAAGCUACUCGUCCUCGGACUCGCUCGACCAUCCUCAUCAUCCGAUGCAGAUCAGGCAGUACUCGGACUCCAUCGGUGGCCUCACUUCCACACCAAAGCUCUCCAGCAUAAGCGGGGCUGCCAAGACGGAGACAUCAACUUCAUCCAUGGAUGCAUCCAUGAGAAGAAGCAGCUCAUCGAGGGACGCGGAUCGCUCGGGGGAGUUGUCGAUCAGCAAUGCCAGUGAUAUGAUGGACAAUGAAUGGGUUGAACAGGAUGAACCUGGCGUGUACAUCACAAUUCGAGCCUUGCCCGGUGGAAAGAGGGAGCUGAGACGAGUCAGAUUCAGCCGUGAGAAAUUUGGAGAGAUGCAUGCGAGACUAUGGUGGGAAGAGAACCGAGGUAGAAUACAUGAACAGUACUUAUAGAGUGGAGAGAAGAACUAAACCACAGUGAAAGCACAAUGAGGGGAAGUCUUCGAAUGGUAAACCAGGCGGGUUUUUUUUACUUGGAGGUUCCAGAUUUGAAUUUCGAUUACAUCGAUCAAGGUUAUAUGCUUCGUGGAAUCCUAUCGGAGCAUACCACUCUCUGAUAUCAGUACCUCAGCUGAUGAAAGAAUUUUCCCUACACAGAUCCUUCUGAAAACAGGUGCUUCCUGUUUGUCUCUCUCACUCUCUCUCUCUCUCUCUCUCUCUCUCUCUCUCUCUCUCUCUCUCUCUCUCUCUCUCUUUUUUCUUGGGUUCAAAUGUUUAUAGGGGUAUUAGAACUGCUGCUUGGUAUAUGGUCUAUGUGUUGAUCAAGAAGAAAGAGCAAAGCCUUUUUAUCUUUUGUCUUGUAAUGUUAUUUUACUUCUUACUGUUAUUUUACUAGUGGUGGGUAAUGAGUAUCAAUGGAAGAAGUUGGUUACAUGGUAUCUUUUCCUUUGACAUAAUCAGUUUUGACCAAUUUCUUCUGUUGCAUGACCCAAAUUAGGGCAAUCGAUUACAGGCGUGCUUGCUGUCUUUGUAACUGUUUGUGGUCGGC